AUGACACGUCAGGACUCAAGCUCUCCGCAGCCUCCAGCACCACCUAGCUCCCCACGGCCUAAACCUAGACGACUUCAGCGUCAGGACUCGAGCUCAUUCCAGUCCCAGUUGCCUCCUGCAUCUCCUAAGUCCCCCUUCAUAAACAAAGAUUCGCUUGCUUUCCAGACACCGAUUCCGAGUUCGCCCGGACCUUAUAUAAAUCAGGAUACACUUUUCCCUCAUUCCUCAGACAUCCCAAGUUCGCCUGAGGGUCAUAUCCUCAGUCGUGAAGAUUCCCUUUCACCCCAGCCCAUGCCCCCACCAAGCUCUCCUCAGCCGAAACCCCGUCGUUUUCAGCGUCAGGAUUCAUACAAAUCUUUGCCCCCGAUUCCUCCAUGUUCCCCUAAAUCACCUUUCAUAAACCGCGAAGAUAAAUUUUUCACCCAGACUAAGCCAGCAGCUAGUCCACAACACGUUUUAAAACUCGUGACGACUCCCUGUCGACCCAGCCCCUAG